AUGAAUGCCAAAUUUACACUAUUGAAUCAUUUCAGCCAACGUUAUCCCAAGCUGCCCAUUCUGUCUGAAGAGCAAUCCAACGUCUGCUUUAGUUUUGAUUUGAUGACGAUAUCAAUGAAGCAGAUUCCUUUGCUGCCUAAAUUCACAAACGCUAUUCAACUCGCCUUCAAAGAUGAAGAGGCCGAGGAAGAUAAAGACGUUGAGAUGAUCACCACCACCAAGACACCAAGCAAAAAACAACAGCAAAGGAAGAAGGAUAUCAAGUGA